ACCUCACUCUCACCGACAUUCUUAAUCAAGUUUGUGCUCGUGUGGGUGUUGUUGUUGUUGCUCACCCAGGCACCACGAGUGUCGACCCGCGAGGGAAGAAGACUCCUUUAUAUUUGGUGUCGGGAGUACCGCAGGUGGUGACGCUGUCUCCACCGCUACUUCUGCCCAGAUUUGGUGCCUGCUGGUGUGGUCACUCGACGUAGAACCAUCUUGCCUACUCCUUUAGGUGGUGGCUGACGAAGAAGAAGCCUUGUUGUGGUAUACUAAUUUUCGACAUCGUAUGGCUACUGCAGACGUGAUCACUUAAUGCACGCACCUUCAUCACCUCCUACGGUAGACAACGAAGUAAACGGAAGAUUUUGGUGUGAAAGUCUGAACGGUAGCCAGAGUAACGUGUGGUGUUGUACCUCUGCCUCACCCGCCCGUUCCUGCCUUAAAUUAGACCAGCAACAGGUGCGAACAGUGACACAAAACAAAACUUGGACAGCCACGAGGAACACCCGAGAUCAGACCAGAGUUUUGGAGAGGAGGUAUAACCCUUGGGAUUUCCUCUUGUCCUUUUACCCAAAAUAAUCUCUCGUAGGUGUGAUGACCAAGAAGGCAACAUUCCUCAGGGCACAACACAACAGAUGACUCACAAGAUCUAAGACGGUGAUUAAAAAAACAAACAAUUGGGACUGAAAUUUGGUGGAUUGGAUUACCUGUUAUACCUGUUAGUGUGUGGUGGUCCUCAGGUGCACACAGCUGAUUACGUCUCUACACCUGAGUGAUAGUAGUAAGGGAGGUGAUACUGUCUCCUCUGACUGUCAGUACACCUGCACCUUUCCUCCAUGAAGCUCGACUGGUCCAACAAGGAGGUCGUCGGUGACCUUGAUAGCAUCAGGCCGAAGGUGCCAGCAUACGCCAAGACUGACAAGAGUUUUGGUGUUUUUCUACUCGUACAGGAGUUUCUGGACAGCCCGGCCGACUCUCUCGCUUCACCUGACGAGGACCUACUCUCCACUGUUGACGAGGACCCUACCACACAGAGCCCUGAGAGCAGCUGUGUGUCAGCCCACGACUACUGGGAGACUGGUGGUGAGAGCGAAACCACUCACCAUGCAUUGCCCGACCUCGACGACUCACACGAAGAACGACGCCUUAGUGAAAGGUCCUUCCACAGGGCCUACCCGCAGUCUUCCCGCCGCAACCGACGUAGGACCAAGAAACGACAUCACAGCCACAGCCCAAAGGACAGUGGAAGUCAGUCCCAGUCGGCUGAGGAAGAAAAGACCCCCUCUUACCUGAGUACCCUGACAUCAGAUGAUGAGCCAACUCGUUAUGAACCAGUGCCAACAGAUGUUACACCUUGUCACCUUGGCUUAGGGGCAACCCAGCAGCGCCCAUCAUCGGGUUUGAGUGAAUUAGUAAAUGCCAAUGAACCAGUACCCAGUGACCGUGGCUCAUGGGGCAUGCGCGACACUGCCCAUUCCGACUCCUGGCAUCGAACUGCCCCGCGCUACAGCCGCUUUGAUGAUGACAGUGCGGUGCAGACCAGUUGGUAUCGCAGUGAUGACGACGAUAUAAUGUUGUCGCCCAGAGCCUCCCAGGCUUUCACUGACACCGGAGCCCCACCAGGGCGAGAUGACCACACUCCUCCUCCUGGGCAGAGUGCAGUGAAGAUUCUUAUGAAGAAUAUUAACUCUAUUAAGAAAAAGAUCAAACGCUAUGAAGAAGAAUUUGAAGCCGCCUUUGGAUAUCGCCCUUCACACAGUGAGAAGAUGAAGCACAAGGAAAUCAAGAAGUACAUGAGUGAACUCAGCAAGGCCCGCAAAGAGCUCAAACAAAUGAAGGAUGAUGUAGCUGGGAUGAUGUCUGUACCAACUGUAUUUCCAUUGUCACUUCUCCGGUGUCAAGAGUCUACCAACCCUGGUGCAAGACCUACUGCCUCCUCAUCGGGUACUGUCGAUACCUUGAGACAUGUAGAAGAUAGAUUACGAGAGAAGCGGUCUGCUUUAGGACGGCCAGCUGAUUUAAAGAACAUGAACUGUACAGAAAUGCAGGAGGAGAAAACAGCUCUGCAGAAGGCUCUUCUUUACUAUGAAUCGGUUCAUGGCCGACCCACAACUCGUGAGGACAGAGACCUGGCACGACCACUGUAUGACCGUUACCGUCAAGUUAAGAGGAUUGUUAUGAGAUCUUCAUCUAGAGCGAAGGAAAAUCUGGCAGAACUUCCACCUAUCAUUGAACAUGUGGCCAUGGAUUUCACACUAGCAUCACCUCAACAUCGCAGUUCCUUACAUGGAGAUGAAGUUGAGAAACUGUUACCUGCAGCACCCACAACCCCUCCAGGGUUUGAUUCUCUACCUGUGUUUGAUCCUCCACAAUCACCAAUGACUCAAACGGAUGACCCCAAGGAUGGACAGCGGUCAGUUGCCCUUGGUGAUCUCCAUGCUCUACCCCUAGGUGAGCUGAGAGAGAGAAAGAAGGAAGCACGUGAAGAAAAGAAGAAAUUAAGACGGUCACUUCGGGAAUAUGAAGAGAAAUUUGAGAGAGAAAUGGGUCGUAAAGUACAGAAAGAAGACAGAGGACCCAUGGAACAGACGUACCUAGAUUACAAACAUGCAAAGGCAAAGCUAAGGCUCCUGGAAGCUCUCCUCUCAAAGCAUGAACCCCACAAGGUUUGAUUGACUUUCUGCUACCCUUUAAGACAGCUGUUUUAAGAGCUUAUUUUUUGGAAAAGCAAAUCUUUGUAUUAUGCUUACCAAAUACACUGUAAGCUUUCAAUGCUGUAACUGGGUUGGUUUGUUCUGGCUUUGUUUAGGUGAGAUUUAUAAACUGCAUUCAGAGUUUAUUCUACUGUAUACAGAUUCUGUAUUUUGAAGUGCAGCUGAAAGUGUGAUUGCAAAGUAUGUGUUAGAAAGGGGAGGCAUCCCAGUCCAUGUUUUGUGCAUUGUUGUUCUGACAUGCGCGGGUAAUGCAUGAACUGUGAUAAGUUGUCGGAAGUUGCCAAUAUGGUUGUUAGCUAAAGAAUCCGUAGUUUUGAAUAUAAUACUAACUGUAGGAUAAAUAAGGCCUCACAAUUACCUAAAAAAUUCUUUUGUUGUAGUUACUUUUAUAUUCAGAGCACUUUGGGUUUGGGAACUUCAUGAUCAGAAGAUGCUGUUGCAUCCUACAACUGUUUUUUUUAUAUUAUUAUUUUAUACUUGGACGCUCUGGACUCGUUAAUGCAUUGAAGCUUCCAAAUAUACUUUAUCCAUAUAAUUGCUGAACUGUGCUAAGUGUAAGGUACCUGAAUUUAGCAUUAAGGUACAGUAGCUGUGUGGACCCUGGGGCAUGACAUCUAUCAACUUUUCUAGUAAAUCUAAGUUGUUUCAUAACCAUACCUUUGCCCUUUGUUUUGAGACAUCUGUACAAGUCUAAUUGUUGUUUGCUUAAGAAUUGCCUUUAACAAACUAGAUGUAUUUUGCCUUCCACAAAAAACUACAGGGCAUGUAGGAUAGUGAUAAACUCUCCUCUUGGUCCUAUUAUGCACACAAAGAUGUGUUCACUCGUUAUACUUAUUUUUUUGUGGGUUUUGUAUUGCUAACGUAAUAUGCAGACUUGCAUAACUUCUACAAUAUCCCCAGGAAGGUUUGUUGGGCUGCCUGACCAAUAUUUGUGUAUAUCUUCACCCAAGAUUCCUGUGGUAUGCAUUUAAAGAUAUAAGUGUGCAUGUUAUGGGCAAACCUACAUGUUGCCUAGUCACUUGUAGGUAAUGUGUAGCCUAUUUUGUAUGUGUCAUCAUUCCUGUGACUGAACCCACAGUGUUGCCUCAUUUCCAACACACGAGGCAGUUUGUGUGCUGCAUAUUCAGUGUAUUUAGGUGUACCGCACACAAGUAUAUUGCCAUCUAUUAGCAAAGAUGCAUUUGAAUAUUGUUGUCAGAACUCUGCAUAUCUUUUUCAAGUACAUUGUUUGAGGAACCAAUUUCUUGUGAAUGCAGUUGCAUAUGAGCAAUUAGUAAUUCCUUUUAUAAGCAGCUGGUCAUCACUAAUACAUUAGCUAGCAGCUGCCAUGGCAAACUGUCAAUGGUUAGAGCCAUAAGCUUAUUGUGCGCUGAUACUGUAUGCUUUGCAAGGUAAUCAGAUCAGAGGAAUUCCAUGCAGUUUAAUAUUUACUGCUUUCAUGAUAACCAUGCAAGUGCAUUCAUGAUUAAAUUCAAAGAGUGAACUUUUGUAACAGACUGUAGUGUAUAGUGUUUGCAUUCACAAGUAGAACAAUAUAAAAAUUACCACUGGUGACACAUUAUCUGAGUGUUCUUGCCUCCGUAGUUCAUUACAGCUUCAGACUGCCUGUUGUUACUUUGAUAUGAAUAGUUAGAUGAAUAGUAUUAAUAUCAUAUAUAUAUGGUUAUGUAUAUUAAUGACCUUAGAUUAUAAUAUGGUCUUGUACCUGUUAGAAUAUUUACGGCAAACAGUUACUAGAAACUGAUAUUACUUCCCAUACAUAAAAGGAUUUAUUGAUUGUAGUGUUUGCUCAAAGCAAAGAGAAAAAAAUGGUUUUAUCCCAUCAUGAGCCUCAUUUUCCAAUGGUUGAACCAUAUUGUUUACUUACAAAAGAUCCUGUAGCUGGAAUAUUUUGCUACAGUCCCAUUUUUUGAUUGAUUGAUUGAUGUAUGGCAAUUCACCAGCAAGGUUUUAUACUAUACUUUGAGUAAAGCAUAAGGUUUUGGAUAUUCUUGAAGAUUGUUUCAUGUUUAAUGUCUUAAAAUAUAUACUUCUGUUCCUGCUUACAAGUGGCAAAAAAUAUACUGCAAGGUUGAUAGGUAUGGAAGUUUUUGAAUGAAUGCACCUGUUCCACCCCAUUGAGUUGGGAAUGGAGAAAGGUUCAUGAAAUAUUUACUGGUAAUUACAAUUGUUGUAAUGUAAAUGUUCAGAAAUUUAUUUAAUGUAUACAUGUACAGUAGUUGGAAAAGAAAUGGACUACUACAUGUUGAGAAAUAUUCAUGCUCAUAUAUUUGAAAGGAAAUUUUUUUUUUUAUCUCCACAAAUUUCUAGCACUGUGGAGUUUUAUGACACCUUUUCCACACAAUCGAGUAUGGAAUAAGGUUGAUCAUUAUAAACAGUGCAAAUCUUACAAUGCCACUUUUUUUUUUCAACCUUAAUUUUUUUAUGGCCUCAAAGCAGAAACCGAAGUAUUUUAUUAAGCUUUAUAAAUGACACAAAUAAUUUCUCCACCUCAGUUAUAACCUUUGUAUGUAAUUCAGAAAUGGUGAUGCUGCCACUACAGCAAAGCCUCAAUAAUCCAGUGUUACUUUAGGUGAUUCUGAAUUCUCCCAAUUUGGAAGAAUUUUGAAUGAUAGUGAAAGGUCACAUGGAAUGUUCUUCUGAUGGUCAAUGACUUGAACAUUUAAUCCAUAUACAAGUAAUGCAUGUUACCCUAUAGCAGUAUUUAUUGGUUUUAUCGAGGUUUUACUGUAUUAUGAAGUUCCUAUCUGGACUUAAGCAUUUAUCUGUAUCAAGAAGGCAAGACCCAGAGUGCAUGAUUGUCAAAUUUGAUAGAAAAAUUGAGAAAAAGUUAUGUUCUUUGACUAACAUCAUGUGUACUGUUUUGAUCUUGUCAUUCAUGUAUUAAGAUUUUUCAAGAACUAGAAAUUGUAAGGUUAAGGUAACCUGAAAUUUUCUACCAGGGUUCUAUAAUCAGUUUACCUCGGUUUCAUUAAGAGCACAAAAACAUGCCUUUCCAUUUUACUAUAAUGAUACAGUAUAUGGGUCAUGCAAACUAUUGUAAGUGGAGAUUAAGAUGACUUGGCGCAGCUCAAGAUAUUAAUAUGCCUGCAGAGUGUCUUGUGAAUGUGAUGCUGGAUACAGUGUAGAUGAUUAUUACAGAGGUCCAAGUGAAGAAAAGUAAACACUCGUUUUAUAUGGAUUAACCACACAAUAAAGUAAAAUGAGCAUC